AUGAACUCAUCUUUGAAAGCACAUGACGCGGCGUUUUCGGCGUUCAUUCUCAUAUAUACGGCAGCCGCGGACGAUGACCGCUGUUGUGCCCGUCUCCUCCCCGCCCCGCGGAGGUCGACGCCGCAUCCCGCCACCGACGAUCGUUCAAGUGCUCCCGCUCGCUCUCUUUCUAUACUCUUCUACAUUCUGUCGGGUCUUGUCCUUACCAUCCGCUGCGCCUUCAGUCCUCUUGCAGGGAUCUUCAUUCCAACGUGCACGGCUUCACUUUGCUCAAACUCCCGAACUCCUACGGCAACGACUCUACCGGCUCUCGCGUCAUCAGCUAUGGGCAAUACUAAGAAGCCAUGUAGUAAUGCCGACGCUCUUGUCCCCGACCUAUGCAGUUUGCCAAUCAACACGAAAUGCCCUCAUCAUCUCUGCUGCCCGUGCUGUGUUGCAAAGUGUCUGAAGGAUCCCGACGGGACUCUAUGUCAGCAGCCUACCCACAAGACGCGACGGAACGAGGCGAUCCGACUCCGGUUACAGAAAACGGCGGUCGCACGGCGCACAGAUGCCGUGGCCAACGCCGCCUUGGGUGACGACACACAAUCUGCGGACCUGACCUCCAUCCCCGUCGUGCCGCGACCGCCUCUCCCGUCCCUGUCCGAUCUUGCAAGACCCCCGACGACCACUGGCGCAGCUGCCUCCGGUUCCAGCACCGGCUCGCCAUUGGAUGCCGCUUGGCAUGUUGCCCCGGCAGGUAGUGCAAUUGCUGCGGAAUUUGAUCGGCACGAUGCGCAACCCCGUGCCCACACUGCGCGACGAGAGUUGUUCGUCGCUACAAAGGAUGCAGCACAGAGUCGUAGUGUUUCGGGGAAGAUAUGGCAGAUGCCUUCGGAACGGCCGAAGAAUAUCAUGUUGUCCGUUGACGAGGCGACGGGUCUAUUCUUUCCCUCGCACUGUCCGCCGCUGCUCGCUUGUUUGGGCGGCAAGGAUGUUUUCGACUAUUACGAUCCGUCUUGUGAACCGGAGCCUGACUGGGUCAUGGUUUCUACGUCUCGUCCGCUAAAUUUGUCGUCGAAAAUGGGCAUGAUAUUAUUUCGUACCUCGCAAGCGCCGUCCACAAACAAGCCCGACUCCGAGUACAACAACUUCUCCACACUCGUCCCCUUCGCUCUUUCCCGUGCAUCCGCGUCUACGCUCUCUAAGCGACCUACGGAGUUCGUUUCUCAAUCUCCCGCGAAACGGCGGGCUUCAGCCGUGACCCCAGAAGCUAUCUCGAUGCCCCGAACUCCCUCAGUGUCCGAGCCUCCUUUCCGGCCGUCUCCUCUACACCAACUCGCGGGUCAGCAUGCGAAUGUACUCGAUCUUGAUGUCGAGAUGAAGUCGCCUGAACAUCUGAACGUUAUGCCCGCGAAUGCAGAAAUAAGAGGCGCGCCACCGGUCGCUGCGUCUCUUUCGCCCGUCUAUGAUUCUCCAUCGCAGAGGGCUGACAGGGCGCCGUAUAUGAGCGCCAUUCCCGAAGCGUCCGGUGUUCUACUGCCUCCUGUCACUGCGGACAGCGAGCCUCUGGAAGACUUUCCUUCGGACUAUCUAUUGGUCGACAUCCUCGACAGCACCGCACUCUACUGCAUGUUACGCUCCGCUUGCGACCUAAAAGUCAAGCCUGCUGGCGAGUUGGCAUUCCCGUACUACAACAUCGGUGUCACGAAAGGUGGUGCCAUGCGGGACUUGCUCAAGAAGCUCGAGCGCAGCACUCCCGCUUUGUGCGACGAGUUUCGCAAACUUGGUCGUGACAAAGUCGCGACGUUUCGAGCGUUCAACACAUGUCGGAAGCUGCUCCCGCAUGGCACAACAUCUCCGCUGCCGUGGCCGCGCGAUAAGAAGGACGCGGACCAACACUUCACUUACACUGCACCUCCUCCACACGUCGCACCGGGGUAUAAGUACCGUCGAGCUUUGGGCACUUAUGUUCGCAAGAUAUCCGCAGAGCCGCCAUCCCUUUCGUCCAUGGUGUCUUCGCCCGCACUAUCCACUCCUGCUUCGCCCGCACCAUCUUCGCCUGCUUCGCCUGCAUCGUCUUUGCCUGCUUCACCUCAGGCAUCUAUCAUACCGGUGGUCGACUUGCAGAGCAAUGUGACCGGUCAUUGUGCUAUCCCCGACGAGGACGAGUUCGCUGCCUCAAGCUCGGGACUAUCCUCUCACACCGACACAACACUUCUUGUUUCGGGGCGUGUUGCUGCCAGUAUGACACCUCUCGACCAGGCGCUGCAGGGACUCUUGAUGCAGCCGGACAAUGGACCACCAGGUACAUCCGGGCUCGGUUUCAACCAGCCCGAUGUAAUGGAUUGGUCUGAUACCGGGCUCUGGGGGGAGGCGGCGUCGACUGCGGACAUGGCGGGUGGUCUAUCUCUUCCCCAAUCAUCUUCCUCCGGUGAUGCGGCAUUCUCUUUUGCCAAUUUCAAUACCAUUUCAUACGACACGACGGCUCAUAAUGGCCACGAUGAUACUUGGACCGCCGAACCUUCACUCCCAGCUACGAACUUCACGAACCAGCUACCCUUUGACUAUAGUAGCCACACCUCGUAUGACUUUACUCUCUACUAA